ACACACACUCACACACACACACACACACACACACACACUCACACACACACACACUCUCUCUCUCUCUCACACACACACUCUCACAGAGGAGAGGUGGCUGCUGUGCUGAAAGGCUCCUGGGACUCAGUUCCUGUCUGUGUGACAGGGAAUUAGAGAAGCGAGGACCAUUACAGCCUCGGAGGGGAACCGGUGGAUAUCUGGAUUAUUACCGACAGAACAAUGACACUAUCGGACUGUUAGAGUGUGAGUGUGUGUGUGUGUGUGUGUGUGGGUGGGUGUGUGUGCACCUGUGCACUUUAACCUGAUCGAUUAUCGAUCAACAGUUUUGUUGUAGAUUUCUUUGCAACAAUGUUUCUAGAAGAGUUUUAGAGCUCAUCCACAAUCCGCUGUGAACAUUAGAGGAUUUUAUAAAAGCUUGGACUAGACUUUAAUCCCGGGACUGCUGACUCCACCAGCACCAUGAUCAGCUCGGAGGGCCUGCGGCCGGCCCCGUCCGGCAGGAAGCCCCUGGGUAAGCUCGCCUCCCGGCUGGAGGAGGUGAAGAACCCGUGGCGGCAGGUCUCCACGCUGGAGCUGAGCCACAACGAGGCGGCCCGGCUGGCGACGGACGCCCUGCUGGAGCACGGGGAGAAGGAGUACCGCAAGGUCCUUUCCGAGGAGCGGGAGCUCAACUUUCUGUCCCCGCUGGAGGUCCGAUACAUCACCCAGCAUGCGGCCAAGGCGUGCAGCUCCGAGAGCAACGGCACCGGUCCCAACGACCGGGACUUCGGGGACGGGGACGCCAUCUCCGAGCUCACCUCCGGGACUUACUUCCCGAUGAUGUCCGACGAGGAACCGCCGAUGCUGGAGCUCGGCUGGCCGGACUCCCCGGCGAGAUACGGACCGUCGGAGACGCAGAUCUACUUCCAGAGGGACAAGUCCCAUAACGUCAAAGACCUCAUCAGGUCCCUGAUCAACAAAGCCAAAAAGGUGAUAGCGUUGGUGAUGGACGUGUUUACAGACGUGGACCUGCUGUGUGAUCUCAUGGAGGCGUCCAACAAGCGCCGGGUCCCCGUCUACAUCCUGCUGGACGAGAAAAACCUCGACUACUUCACAGAAAUGUGCUCCGCGCUCGACAUCCAGAACUCACACCUGAGUAACAUGCGUAUUCGCACUGUGUGCGGGGACACGUACUGCACCAAGAGCGGCAAGAAGUUCACCGGUCAGGUCCUGGAGAAGUUUAUGAUCAUCGACUGUGAAGAGGUCAUCGCCGGGUCAUACAGUUUCACCUGGCUGUCGGCUCAGGUGCACAGCAACAUGGUGAUGCAUUUCUCAGGUCGCAUCGCCGACAGCUUCGACCGGGAGUUCCGCUGCCUGUACGCCGACUCGCAGAUCAUCGACUGCUUCUUCAACGGAGAGGACGAGGGGAUGACCUACUACCCGUCAUACCAGGGCAUGAUGGGCCCCGGCAUUGGCAUGGGUCUCGGCCCGGUCAUGGGUCUGGAUUUGCUCUCAGACAGGCAGAGGGACAGGGACAGGGUGUGCUCUGAAAACUCCAGCAGCCAAUCGAGUAACAGCGUGUCCAGUGUGAAGGCGGCACCGGGGAUGACCUCCAACCCUGUCUACAAGGUCACUCAAAGUCACGACAAGAAGGAGCCCAACAGCAACUCCCACCUCAGCCCAGACAGGAGAGGUGGCGAUCGAGCCGGAGGACAAACCCCGACGCCUCAGACUCACGUUACACCGGGAUCGCGAGUCUCUGCUAACAGUGGAGCCAAUCACAGCCCGGCGAUGGACCGGCCGCCGCCGCCGUACGGUCAGACAAUGGGCAUCGAGUGGAACAAGCCCAACCCUUUGGACGUCAUGCGGCCAAAUAUCGGCGGCACGUCCUCCAAGUUCCAGGCGUUGGGGUUGUACGACCAGAAACCGAGCAUGUUCCACAGCUCCGGGCUCAUCCCCGGCACCCCCAACUCAAACUUGACCCCCAAGACCCAGACGCCCUCCCCGGUCAAUGACAGCAAACUCCCCCCCAAGCAGAGGACUCCAACCAACCAACUCUUCAACAAAUUCACAGACCUCUUCCUGCCCCCCUCCAGCAAAGACAAAGAGACAUACAACUUCCGGAGGUCACCGUCCCCUCUCGGCACAUCCUGGGGAGGGCCGGACCUCUCUCAAAAUGAGCCGGAGAGCCAGCAGAGCCCGCCGCCGCCGCCGCUCUCUCCGGUCGCACUGAUGAGCCGGCAGGACCAGAAACGAAUGACGCUGGGCCACAGCAAGCUGGACCUCGUGAACCAGUACAACAAGAUGAAAUCCAAGCAGGUGUACAGCCGCUUUGAGCUCAAGACCAGCAACUGAACUGGCAGGAUUUCAUCGGACUAAAUUCAUGUUCGAAUUCUUUGUUCUUCCUGUCUCUCUUAUUACAUUUAUUAUAGUCCAUGAAGAAGGGUCUCCAUGGACUCUGGUCGUUUUUCUAAAGUGGUCAGUCCUUCGUCUUCUUCCACAGCUCAGUGAUGCCUGGCGGAAAUCAGCCAUUACAGCCAUGUUGGCUCCGAGGCUCCUUCACCGAGUAUUUCUCUGUGAUUCUUGAAACCAUAUUGCCUCUUUUAUCGUGGGAGGAGCCUUUACAAGUGCAGUAGAGUUGUGACUCUUAGUGCGGUCGUAGUUUACAGAACAUAUAAAAGAAAUCAAACAUUUACAUUCAUACAGGCAUUGAAACUGAUCUGUGAAAAUCACCCGUCAUCCAUUUUUUUUUACCAAUUGCUACCUGAGUCAAACUGUUUCUGCAAAUAAAAACAUGGAUGUAGCUGAAAGUAGUAAAAAGUUUCACAUAAACCAAAUCAAAAUGACAAAUGGCAGCUGAAAUAUUAAAGAGACAAUUAUGGCUUGCAAUUAACAUUUUUACUCCCACUGCUGUUUCUCAAGUACACUCCAGGGAUUUAAAGGAGCAUUUUUCCCACACAAUUUUAUACUUUGAGACAUUACAUAAUUUUUAACAAUAAAUUUAAUGUCUGAACUGAAUUUUUAAUUCUCCUUUGUAAGACAUUAUUGGCUGUAAUAAUACUGCAGAUCUUGUGCCUGAGAGGAUUAAACUGUAACAGUGCCUUGGGUGGGCACCUUCAAAAAAAUAAAUACUCAGCAGGUGAUUGGAUGAACCAUCUGUCUAUCACAGGCGAACUUCAACCAACUAGAUCAAUGAACCAUAAAACAUAGUCAAACUCUUACGCCAACUUGCUAGCACUAAUUUGUACCGCCAUUGCUGUUUUUGAGCAAACUUCGGACACAUCGAGUGUUAAACCACACCUGUAUCUCAUGCUGUAGCUGCCAGUAGUUCAUAUAAGAUGCCGAUUGGUUCGGAACAAUUGAAGAUGUUUUUCGGCUUUUUCAACAAGGGUUAUCACAGCGUUGGUUCUUUACGGACGCCACUCUGAACUUUCAACAUUUGCGAGGACCAGACAUGCUCUUCAGUUUGUGUUUCACUCAGGAAGUGAAAGCUAGGAAGCAAACUAGCUUUAACACAAUCUUCUUCACACACCUGCUUUUGAACCAUUUGGAGCAUUUUGAUCACAAAUAAAUUGUUCAGAACCCAAAAAGUUGGUUCUCAACUGGAACCAAAAAAUAGCAGGGUUUCCUUUCUAAGUGGGCGUGUCAUAUUCUGCGCCCUCUGGUUCGAUAGAUAGCACCUAGGACCCAAGAAUCUUGAACAGAAACGGUUCAAGAACUAAAGCUAAUCUGGUGGAAGGACAUCGUCAGUGUCGUGUUCAUCCCACUUUUAUAGAAAGGAACCGGUUCUAGCUCAGGGGUCUAAAGAGCCUAAAAUAAUCUGUAAAACACAUUGGAGCAUCAUAAUGCUAAUUACCCACCACAGAGCAAGCAAAGAAAUCUGUCCACGCACUAUUAAACCUUCAAGACGCUGCAACCAGUCAUAGACGUUAAGACGACCACAAACCUAAUAAAAUGUGUGAAAGAUUUUGAACAAUUUUGACCAAGUAAGAGUCACUUCAUCCUUUUUUCUUUCUUUAGUGUUUUCCUGUAACACUGCUGUAUUAUAGUGUAUAUAACAUGUGCCUUGAUCAUCCUGCCUUAAGGUUUACGAUCACAUUUUAGACAAACGUAAUAUCGGCAGUGACUUCAAAUAAGUGUUAAUUAAGGUACAGACAUGCCUAUUUGAAUCCACUGUCCUCAUGGGGAUUGAGGAGUUUGUUGUAAAUAGAAGCAGUGCGAUAAUAUUCCUGGUGCUGUAUCUCGUUACAAUUCUGGGAAAUUAGGUUGUAAAUGUAGAAAGUGAAGUGCUUUGAGGGGAUGCAGGUGGAAAAUAUUGUCAGAUGGAUAAACAGUGUCUUCUCAGAAAUGUUUUGUUUGAGUUUGUACAGUGCUGUCACACCCUUAAAACUAGUUUCUGUAUGACAUUAAGUUCUUAAUCACAGAGGAUUGGUUCCUCAUACUGUACAUUGUAUACAAUAAACAGCAUUUUUGUUUCAAAUAUGUAGAUUUGUAUAUAGACUGUUAAAUAAAUACAGUUUCAUUGUAUUAUUUUCAUGCUGUUUUCUUUUGGUUUUUGUGAUGAACUGUGCUGAUGUACAGUCGUUUUUCAUCACAGCACUACAGGGCUUUCCACAGAAUUCCUCCUCAGCGUGGAGCAGCAGUGCAGCAGACAUGGAAAACAGAUUUUUUUGCUGUUGCCACCUAAGCAAUAACGAUCGACAGCGAUCGAUCAUUUUGAUAUGUGCGUUUUCAUUUUGUGUGUGUUUUUGUUUACGGUUCAGUUUGUAUUGUUGUUUUUUGUAAUUAAUACAGUCAGUCGGACAAUGUGUAGGCAUCGAUAUUUCUCAUGUUAGUCCGACUAAUGUAUAUUAAGUUGUGUAUAUAAUACAUAAACUGUCAGGAAUUUGGGUGAUUGUUAAAGAACUGCUUCUUAAACGGAUUUGUUAUUUUAUUUUUACAUUAUGUUGUUUACUGGAGAAUGUGAAUUUUCUGUUUAAGUCAGUCUUAAUUUGUAAGAUGAACAUUUUAGGAUUUAAUAAAACAAAUUGAAGUUGA